AUGUUUGAUAGUACUUCACAUAAUGUAGAAACAGAUAUUUGUGAUAAACUGCGUACUUGGAAUAUACAAUUUAAUGUAAAUCACAAUUGUUUAAAUUCAUUAUUAGAAGUGUUAAGAAGUGAAGGUUUAAAAGUCCCAAAAGAUGGACGCACUUUAAUGAAAACUCCAUCAAAACAUAAUAUUUUACAAUUAAGUAAUAAUGGUUCUUACAUACAUUUUGGCAUUGACCGUAUGGUUUAUCCAAUUUUACAAAAACAUGAGAGUGAUUUAAUUAAUGUAAAAAGUUUAAACUUGGGUAUAAAUGUGGAUGGGUUACCUUUAGCCAAAAGCUCAAAAAGUCAAUUUAGGCCUAUUUUAAUUUGUAUUAUAAAUGUCAAAGUGUUAUCGAAAUAUGUUAUUCCAAUUGCUCAUAUUGUAUGUGAUGCACCGGCCAAGGCAUUUUUAUUAAAUGUGAAACCACAUAAUGCCUAUCACGGAUGUAAUGCAUGUAUUGAUGAAGGUGUUUUUAAUAAAACUAUGACAUUCUUAACAACAAAUUCUCCUAUGAGAACAGAUGAUUCAUUUAGAAAAAAAAUUGAUGAUUGCUACCAUAAAGGUAUAAGCCCAUUGGAGAAAUUACCAAUCAAUAUGGUUGAUGACAUACCAGUUGAUAACAUGCAUUGCGUUUAUGUAGGUGUUACAAAACGAUUGAUUAAAUUUUGGGUCAAAGGUAAAAAAGAUAUCAGAUUAUUAGAUCAAUCAAAAAAAGAUGUAAAUGAAA